CCUACAUUUUGUUUUAAGCUUAUUCAAUAUUAUCAAAGUGAGGUUUUAGCCACCCCAAAUCUCAAACACUAUUUGUGGCCAUUGUGGUAUGGCUACACAGUAAUCAAUAUAAUUGUAUAUUGGUUCCUUCUUAAUUGGCCUUCAUUUGACGGUAGUACACUAGUAAUAAGGUCGAAGGUCUGACCCUGCGUAUUCUGUAAUAUCAAAAAUGACUUGGCUAAUAACAAUAAGUUUAUAUUAUACUAUUAUAUUUCUCUGAUUUACUUCUCGGUAAUACAAAAUGUUCGAGUGACGAGUGUUAUGUACAUUGUAGUGAUGGGCGCAACCGAAUAGUUUUAACUAUCGAUUGUCUAUCGAUAGUUUCAAAAACUACCGAGUGAUUUUUCAAUUGAAUAGAUAUUAUUAUUCAUCGAUUGUUUUUAAAAAUUAUUAAAUAAUUCACUCGAUAGUUUUCUUUCGGUAGUUGCAUACGUCUUAUACCGACUAGUUUUGACUAUCGAUAGUUUUCAUUCGUUAGUAAAUAGUAAUACACGUCUAGUACCAACUAGUUUUGAAUAUCCGCGAGUUAAAAAAAAAUCGAGUGAUUUUUCGGUAUUAUCGACCGAAUUUACUUGUUAAUAAUUUGGGAUAGACAUUUUAAAGACAAAAAUAUAAAAAGUGAAAUAACCAGCCUUGAUACUCGAUAGUCGAAUCUCGAAUGAUUACAUUGACAACAUCAUGGCUAAAUAGUAAAUAAUACAUAACCUUACCUAAAAAUUAAAAAUUUCAAUAGUUCGAUAGUUUUGUAAAACAAUCGAGUAAUUAGAUAGUUUAAACUAUCGAGUACUUCGAUAGUUUUCACUCGGUUGUGCCCAUCACUAGUACAUUGUACAAAGAAAUUCAUCAUUUUUUUUUAAUUUUUAUAUUGUAAAUUAUAAUAUACCUAUGUAUACUUUUGUGUUAUAUUUUAUAAGAUUUAAAUCGUAUUUCCUUCGGGCUUCGAGUUAAUUUUUAUACGUGCUUAUGACUUUAAACUAUACGAGUUACUAUACAAUUUAUUUCCUUAGAAACUAAAAAGUUAAGGUUGUUAACUACUACAUGUUCCGUCUAUGAGUAAUAAUGUCUAUGAUAAUGCAUCUUACCCAUUUUGUCAUGUGUACACGUAGUAGUUCAGUAGUUCAAUAGUUCGUGUUCAUAAUCAAUGCUACAUUUUUACUACACACCUACUGUUAUUUUAGCAGUCUAACGUUAUUUGAUUUACAAUCGAUGACAAUAUUUUCUACGUUAACGACGACGGACAAACCCUAACCUAAUAUAACCUUACAGAGUUGUAUAUAAUGGAAAAAAAAAAUAAUAGGUAUCCAAAAGCAGUCUGGUAUAUAUUGGGGAACGAACUGUGUGAACGGAUUAGUUAUUAUGGACUUAAAGCGGUUUUGAUUUUAUUUUGUACAACUAUUCAAAAAUAUGACAACGAUACUUCCACGAUUAUAAUUCAUAUGUUUAUGGUCUUUCAAUCCAUAUCAACAUUGUUUGGAGCCAUCAUCGCAGAUUCAUACUGGGGAAAAUAUAAAACCAUCUUCAUUUUGUCUAUUGUGCACGCAGUGGGAAAUAUCAUAGUGAUUAUUUCUUCUCUUGUUACUUCAGUCAGCAUGAAUUUUCAAAGAUUAUUUACAAUAAUUGGAUUAUUGUUGACAUCAAUCGGAGCAGGUGGUGUAAGACCAUGCGUCUGUGCUUUUGGCGGUGAUCAAUUUGAGAUGCCAGAUCAAGAAGAACGUCUGCAAAUGUACUUUUCAAUAUUUUACUUUACUAUCAAUUUAGGGUCGUUGUUAUCGUCAUCAAUUACACCGGAGUUAAGGAAAUCAGUUCAGUGUUUUGGCAAAGAUUCAUGUUUUCCAUUAGCGUUUGGGGCGCCUGCUCUUCCUAUGAUGAUCUCAAUAGUAUUGUUUGUAAGUGCAAAGAACCUGUAUAAGAUCAUUAAACCCACGUCCAGUGUCAUUACAACUUCAAUUGGAUGCAUAUUUCACGCAUUGAGAAAAAAAAUAACCGCUUCUUCAAAUGAAGCGAAAAGGAAAGAUUGGUUGGAAUAUGCAGAUGAUAAGUACAAUACACAUGAAAUAUCUGAUUUGAGAUCAGCUUUGAAUGUUUUAUUUUUGUUAAUUCCAAUCCCAAUGUUUUAUACACUUUUAGAUCAACAAAGUUCUCGUUGGGUUUUGCAAGGAACAUUAAUGAAUGGAAAAAUCGAUUUUUUAAAUUGGACUAUAAAGCCUGAUCAAAUUCAUUUAGUUAACCCAUUGUUCGUUUUGAUAUUUAUACCAUUUUUUAAUGUGGCCAUCUAUCCACUUUUGUAUAAAAUUGGUAUAAAUACAGCUUUUAGAAAAAUCAUUCUCGGUGGAAUGUUUGCUGCACUAUCAUUUGCAAUUGCUGCUGUUGUCCAAUACACGAUAAUUGGCCAAGCCUUUUCCAUACCGUCAAAUGAAAGCCAACUAAGAAUAUACAACAAUAUUGAUUGCAAUGUAUCCAUAUCCGGUUCCUUGGUUGGAAACUUCAGUAUUGAAAAAUUAGAUGUACUUCAUAUUAAUUAUAAUACAACUGUGUUUAAUGAAACUGACGUCUUAUCCAUAGACUUACUUCCUUCUUGUGAAUUAAAAUCGAAUACAUUGAAACAACAAGUUUUCAUCGAAAAAGAGACGGUUUCGUCAUAUUUGUUAACGUCUAAAAAUAAUGUUGAUAUUGAAUUAAUACAUUUAAGCGAAUUGAAGAAAUUAAAGAACGGAAAUUCA